CUCAUGGGUAAGCAAAUUGCCUAUAAAAAGGAAAAUGACAGUUGCUACUGGUAUAGAAACAAAUUUCGAUGGAGAAAUCUGCCGCAAUCUCACUAGUACUACUAGCUGCGGCACUAGCGCUGCAAGCGAACUCCGCACCAGUAAGAGGAUGCAAACACGACAAAGACUCGUUGAAACCUCCGACGAGCGACGAGUGUGAAUAUCAAUCGCUGAACAAAGAAGGGCUGAUCGACGACAUCGUGAAUGCCUGCGACAUAAUCAUUGACAACUCUUCGGAUAUUCAUGAAAACCUACUUGGAGCUAAGAGUGUAAGUUAAAUGUACUGCUAUAUAGCAAGCAUAAUUAUUCACCAUCGUUGCUUUGACGCGCAGUGGGCGACGGUAGGGUUGUACACUAAUUCGAUCUACCCCAACGGACACAUGUUGAUAUCAGAUGUGCACUAUAACUUGGCGGCCAGCGUAUCUAUUUUCCAAACGUUCCUGCGGCCGCUGGGGCUCGCACUGACAGAGGAAGCUGUGCGCGACGUUGUGCGCAGGGAGAGAAACACAGUUUACAGAGAGCUCUACGACGUCUUCAGCAGCGUCGCUACCGCGGCGAACAAGACAUACCAACUCGUCAAGAGUGACACUAAUAUCCAUGGAUGCAUCGUGCCGCAUCUUCCAGCCAAUCUGAACGCUACACUCCGACCCUUCCAUCUGGAUAAAGACUCGAUUCCAAAGCACACACUGAUAGUAGAUGGACUAAUGAAUGAGCUCCAGCUUUUAUCCAUGGGUGUCAGGCUUCUCCUACUCUGCAUGAAGAGGGAAACUGGAAGCUGCAAUUUUUAGUGAUCACCCAUUUUUCCCGAUAUACCAUGAUUCACUUGUUACGUAGUUUGUGACAAAAGAUCAAUCUUUAUUCACUAGUAUUUAUUUUAUUGUCAGAGAUGUAUAUUUAUAUCAGAGAGAUUUUUUUUAUCUAUUAAUGAGAUUUUAUACUGUGUAUUUUUACAAUCAAAAUGCUAUAAGCUGAUGAAUGUUUUCAUGCAGUUG